CUUUUGCGAGAUGUCCUACAAGCACAGACGCCCAAGGUCGACUCUGGCCUGGUCAAUUGACGUCAGCGGGAGAGAGGCGUCGCAGAGGUUAAGUGCUUACUCUGCUCACUCGAUUCCGUGGCCGUGUAGACCUGGUACGAUGAGCGCUCGCUCCCGCUCCCGCUGGAAGAUUCACGCAUGGCCCGUCAUGCUUUCGCCAAAAGUCUUGCGGCGUCGGCGGCUCACAAGGGUUGCACGAACCGAGGCCGUCAUCGAGCUGAAUGUUUUGAUGGGCCUGCGAGCUGCACGUAAGACCACGUGAGGCCAUCGGCCAGCCAUCCCUGUCAUUGGCGCUAGAGGCAUCGGUACAGAUCCUGCCUUUGACCGGGUCGCGUCUCAUUGUCUCAUCGCGAUUGAUUGUUGCGAUGUUGAGUUGUGACGAUGCUGCGAGCGACGACGCCGAGCACCCAUCAACCUCCACCAAGAGCCACGGCAGAAAGCGACGCUUCCGACAGCGCCAAGUCGCAACCGGUACAUGGUCGCUCCAAUGAGUCUGUUCCGAGUAGCCUGGACCAUCAGCCCGCGACCACGGCAGCGGCUUCGACUGGCUCCAACUCGAACAAUGAUGAGCGCAGGAUUCGCUCUGAAGCUUCGCGCGUAGGACUCGAGGGAGCCAACAGCGCGGAUGACAACCCUGAAGCUGCUGUUGUCGAAGAGAAACCAGGGUCGACUCGUCGAGACAGCGACAAUGGAACAGCCGAAAGGUCUUCGAAUCGGGAUUCCACGGCAGCGCCGACGUCAAGCGAUGGCAUCGCCAAGCCUUUUGUGGUAACAAGGGUGUUCCGCUUUUUCUUUAGGAGCAUUCCGUACAUUGGUUAUCAUCACGUCCUAAUGGUGUUGCUCGGGGUUAUCGUCCUUGUCCUCCGUAUGACAUUCUCGCACCAGAAUAGCGGAAAAGGCUUACUGACGGACUAUUCAGCUUUGGUUCUCGCGGGAUGUACGAGAACGGGACCCAUGCAGGCCUUCCGGCUCAUGUCUAUAUCGUACGCGGCUGAGGCACCGUCACCUGACGCGGCCAUGUUAAACGCGACACUGGGGAGCUCGAUGCUGGAGCUGUCGACGAACGAGACAAAAGGAGCCCAGCUGGUACGUGAAGUGCAGGUGGGAUACUUUUCCAUUUGUGUUAGGCUCGACGACGAGGACUGGGAGUGCGGCAGCAACGGCGCGUCCGUGCCAGGACGACCGAAUAUCGACGACGCUCUCGGCCUGAUUGAUAUGGGCCACCUCUUCCGAACCAAGACGGUGUCUCCAGUGCUCUUCAUCAUCACGAUACUGCUUUGCGCUGCCGCCAUUGUUGCGCUGUCUACCUUUCCCGGCUGGCACGAAGAGGAGGACACGGGCGGCAGUCUCCGCGAGGUCAAGCCUUUCCCGUCGCGAGCGAUGAGUACCUUUGCUUUGCUGUGUUCAUCGCUGGCGACGGCCGUCGCGUACGUCGCCGCGCUGUGGCAGCACACGUCAUGCGCGGCUACGGGGAUGCUGUUCGAGGCGCUGCGUUAUGGCGCCGUCGAGGCGCACACGGGGAUGGCCGCCGUGGCGCUGGGCUGGAUGAGCGUGCUUCUGUGCGCAAUUUGUGGGAUCGGCAUGAUUGUGAUGAUUCUGUCCAUAAGAAUAGUGGCGAACCUGUGAUGGGCAAUGGAGACUUGGUAGUCGUCGAGAGAGAGACGGAGCCAAAACACGGCUUGGCCGUCUGGUGUGGCGCACCUCAUCCAUACCAGAAACGUGCGUCAUGCAUGGCUUCUUUCACUGUUGAGCACGGGCAACGUACAUGCCAUUGCACCUAGGUUUGAGAGAAAGAGGC